AUGACUGCUCAGAAUUGCACUGUGGUUACUGAGUUCACAUUCCUAGGACUUUCUGGCAGCAGGUGUGUGCAGCAGGGGCUCUUUGGGCUCUUCCUGCUGGUUUACAGCAUGACUGUGAUUGCCAAUCUAGGGAUGGUCCUGCUGAUCAAGAUGGACCCCAGACUCCACACACCCAUGUAUUAUUUCCUGAGCAAUCUGUCCUUCUGUGAUGUCUGCUACUCCUCCACUGUGUCUCCCAAGAUGCUGGCUGAUUUCUUAUCUGAGCAAAAAAGGAUUCCCUAUCAUUUAUGUGCCAUCCAGAUGUAUUGUUUUGGAGCCUUUGCAGAUGUGGAAUGUCUCCUGUUGGCUGUCAUGGCUUAUGACCAUUAUGUAGCCAUUUGCAAUCCACUACUUUAUACAAUUUCCACGUCCAAGAGAAUCUGUACCCAGCUUGUGACUAUUGCCUACGUUGUAGGCUUGGUUGAUUCAGCAAUCCAUACGUGUUGUACAUUUCGAUUGUCAUUCUGCAAUUCCAAUAUCAUCAAUCACUUUUUCUGUGAGAUUCCACCCUUGGUAGCCCUCUCCUCCUCAGAUACAUCCAUCAAUGAGAUCGUGAUGUUCACUUUUAUUGGCUGCAUUGUGGGAGGCAGCAUCAUCACUGUGCUCCUCUCCUACAGAUACAUCAUAACCACCAUCCUCAGGAUGAACUCAGCCGAGGGGAGAUGCAAAGCCUUCUCUACGUGUGCCUCCCACUUAACCGCUGUGGCUGUAUUUCAUGGCACACUCCUGUUCAUGUAUUUCAGACCCAGCUCCAGUUACUCCAUGGACACAGACAAAAUAGCCUCUGUCUUCUACACAGCUGUCAUCCCCAUGUUAAACCCCUUGAUCUACAGCUUAAGAAAUAAGGAUGUAAAAAGUGCCCUAAAUAAAGCAAUCAGCACUAAAUUAUGUUCUGGGUGA